GCUCUAGGAAAAAAUCCAAAGAGAUGGACUUAUCCAGCAUAGUAAGCAAUUGAAACCCCAAUGGGGCUGAAGUACGUACCGCGGGCGUGGCUCAAAAUUUUGUUAGUGAUGCUCCCCGCCCCCACCUGCCCUCUUCAGCGACAUUGCGUUGGAGUAGAAGAAGCAUUAAGGACGUCGCUAUCUCGUCCUAACCACUUGUCUUACUGGUAUUUUCUUUGGAGCAACCUUCCCUCCUCUCAUAUACCUCUUUUUAAUUUGACUAUUGGCUUUGAUUUGAAUCUUGUAAAGCACCUGCACGAACUUGGUAGCUUUGAGCCCAUCCGCAAAAGACGGCGUGCAUUCACCGGAGCAGACGCAAAGUUCGGCACUCAGUUCGCUGCAGACAAGCUUGUCGCGCCAUGUCGUUCAGGAAGAAGAACGUCGUUCUUGGUUCAUCCGCUAGAGGCCCGGCAAGAGAACCGAUUACCCCCAAACAGGAAGUACUGCCUCCGGCGGGAGUCCGAUCGUCGCCUCUCGAUGGCCGACCUACGACAUCGACAGGGACAGCAUCUCUCGACCAACUUCUGGCAGGAUACGCAGGCCUGCCACUCGGGUCCAGUCUGCUUGUCGAGGAGUCCGGAACGACUGACUUUGCAGGUGUUCUUCUCAGAUAUUAUGCCGCAGAGGGUCUCGUACAGGGCCAUCAAGUACAUGUACUUGGACCGAGCGAGGCAUGGAAAGGCGAGCUUCCCGGUCUUGGGAAGGCCAGUGGCUCAAGAAGAAGCAAGCCAAUCUCGGGAUCGGGGGAGAAAAUGAAGAUUGCGUGGAGAUAUGAAGGCCUGGGGAAUGAUGCGGACCAAGAGGUGAAAAGCGAUCCCAAGAAUAGCUCUGAAGCCUUUUGCCACACAUUCGACCUCGGGAAGCGCUUGCAACCCAGUGAUAUCAAGGGCGAACUCCAUGCUACGCCGUCAAUGGCCGCCAUGGGCUGGGUACAACCCCAAGGAUCGGUUAGCUCGUCGCCUUUAGAUACUUUCAUUGCCAAUGUCUCAACGAAGCUGGAAGCGUCGCCGCCUGGGAUCAUCCAUCGGAUCUUGGUCCCAAGUCUUCUAUCACCCGCGCUGUAUGGCUCGUCAGUUUGCCGGCCGGCAGAUGCACUUCAGUUCUUGCACAAGUUGCGAGCGCUGUUGCGCCAUCAUUGCGGAAGGCUAACAGCCAUAAUAUCGCUUUCGACGUCCCUGUUUCCACGGUCCACAGGUUUCACGAGAUGGAUGGAGCUUCUGUGUGACGGAACGUUCGAAAUGCUCCCUUUGCCACGGAAAGUACAUAUGCAGCCGAAUAUCAAGUCGGAAGAUGUGGUGCAGGGCAUGUUGAAGGUACACAGCCUUCCGGUCUAUAACGAGAGAGGGGGAGGCUUGGAAGGACACUCGUCUCGGGAAAAUCUGUCAUUCAGGUUGAGUAGCUCGAGCGGCCUCAUCUUCAAGCCAUUUGUAUUGCCUCCAUUGCUUGAUGAAGAGGAAGAUAAGGGGGCGAAGGAUGAUAGAAAGAAGGGAGAGAAACUGGACUUUUGAAUCAUAGGCACUUGUUGUCAAUGAAAACUCCAAUGAACCAUGAAUUACGCGCCUAAUA